UUUUAAGAUAUAUCAUUUUAGGCCUUCCCGCCAACAUCUGACGUCAUGUAUACCAAAUGAAAGGUAACAGUUGACUGUGCAAAUAUGGAACAGAACGGGCUAGUUCCUAACAAGAAACAACGACUGAUAGCGAAAAAGCCAGUGACUGUUGUUUUAGGUACUCAGUGGGGAGAUGAAGGAAAGGGAAAGAUUGUCGACAUGCUUGCAUCAGAUGCGGAUAUCUGUUGUCGUUGUCAGGGAGGAAACAAUGCUGGACAUACAGUUGUAGUUGAAGAGAAAAUGUAUGAUUUUCAUAUUCUGCCAAGUGGAAUUGUUAACCCCGACUGUACAGCUGUCAUUGGAAAUGGUGUUGUUGUUCAUUUACCAGAUUUAUUUGAAGAAAUUGAAAAAAAUGUUCAAAAAGGACUAGAAGAUUGGAAAAACAGACUGAUCAUAUCUGACAGGGCACAUCUAGUAUUUGAUAUACAUCAGAUAGUUGAUGGAAUACAGGAGUCUGGAAGAGGCCAACAUGUUAUUGGAACCACAAAGAAAGGAAUUGGUCCAACAUAUUCAUGUAAGGCAACAAGAAAUGGUUUACGAAUGUGUGAUUUAUUGGGUGAUUUUACACUUUUUUCAGACAAGUAUCAAAAACUUAUAGAUUAUUAUACAUCUCAUCAUCCUGAUAUCAGAGUAAAUGUGGAAGAAGAUCUUAAAAAACUAAAGGUGUACAGAGAAAGAGUUAGUCCUUUAGUCAGAGAUACUGUUCCAUUCCUUCACAAAGCAAUCAAAGAUGGGAAGCACAUUUUGAUAGAAGGAGCUCAGUCUACAAUAUUAGAUAUUGAUUUUGGUCUUUAUCCAUUUGUGACAUCAUCUAACUGCAGUGUUGGGGGUGUUUGUACAGGACUAGGUAUACCACCUCAUGUCCUUGGUGAAGUGUAUGGAGUGGUCAAGGCUUAUCUCACACGAGUUGGACGAGGAGGUUUCCCAACUGAACUUAUCAAUGAGACUGGAGACUUGUUGGUUAAUAGAGGACACGAAUAUGGUGUAACUACAGGUAGAAAAAGACGUGUCGGAUGGUUAGAUAUGGUGAUGUUAAACUUUUCAAAUAUGAUAAGUGGAUUUACUGGGAUUGCCAUAACAAAGCUUGACAUUUUGGACAUCUUUAAAGAGAUCAAGAUUGGGAUAGGUUAUUAUCUGAAUGGUAAAAAAUUGGAAAGUUUCCCAGCUCUAGCGGAAGACUUAAAGCAUGUAACAGUUGAGUAUAUCACCCUUCCUGGUUGGAAUCUGGACACUUCAAAAGCUAGAUCAUUUAGUGAUCUUCCUCCUAAUGCUCAGGCUUAUGUCAGGAAAAUACAGGAGUUAAUGAAUGUACCAGUUAAAUGGAUUGGUGUAGGACAAGCCAGAGAAUCCAUUAUAGAAGUAGAUCAGAUAUAACAGAGUUAAUCUGAUGAAAGAAAUCGUUAUUUUUAUAAAGGGUUUUACUCCAAUUAGUUCUGAUAUAUUUUAAUAAAUUUUUUGGAGGUUUUUAUGACUGAGAUGCUUAUAUUGUAUUUUGCUUUCUUGUACUCUGUAAUAAGGGCCCUGCACAAGGAUGUUGGAGCCCUAUAGUUUUCACUUUGUCCAUCUAUCAACAAUGUUUGUAAACUCAAAUACUCCAAAAGAAUUGGUAGGAGGUCAAUGAAAUUUUGCACUGGUUUUUGCAUAUAACGUAAAUGUGCAUAUCAUUUUUGGUGAAAAUCAGGCCAUUAGUUUUGGAAAUACUGUGACAUUAUUAACCAAUCUCAAGUUUAAGAAACACAUUUUUGUGCUAGGAUGUCAAUAAAAAAUUGAUUCUUUUUUGUUUCCCUUAUGGGAGGGGGAGAAUUGCAGUUAACUAUUUUUGUCUUGUCUAAAUAAAAAAAAAUCACAAAAAGUACUAUUAUGUGCUAGGAUUGCAAUGAAAAUUGAUUUUAAGGUAAACUAUGGUAUUCCAAAUUGAUUCCCAGUUUCAAAGGACAAGGUUCACUUUUUAUACGACUGCAAAAAAUUUGCGUUCGUAUAUUGCUAUCACGUCGUCGUCCGAAGACAUUUUUUUUCAGGACAAUAACUUUAGUUUAAGUGUAUGGAACCAAAAGGUUCAAAUUCUCAAAAGGAAGGUUGGGAUUGUUUUUGGGGGUAAUGGUCCCAACCGUUUAGGAAUUGGGGGCCAAAAAGGGGCCCAAAACAAGCAUUUUUCUAGUUUCAGGACAAUAACUUGUGUAUAAGUAUUUUGAUUGCUUGGAAAUUGUACUACAAUGUUCAAUACGACAAGUAGAAGGUUGGGAUUCAUUUUUGGGGUAAUUGCCUAAACCGUUCAGGAAAAAGGGGCCAAAACAAGCAAUUUUUUCUAGUUUUCAGACAAUAACUUGUGUAGUGUAUGGAUGUCUCUUAAAUUGUACCACAUUUUACAAAAAGAAAAUUUCUUCAAAUAUAAUUAUUUUUUGGUGGAGGGGGGGGGGGUCAAUUUUUUUUCCUCAAGAUUUAAGAAAUUAUCAAUUUUCCACACAAAAAAAAUUGGGAGGCACAAUUUAUUUUUCUAAUUAUUUAUAUAUAUAUAUAGUCUGAAAACAGAUUUACUAAGUAUGCGCAACAGCACAGUGUAUUGCACAAUAGCAAGAAAUCUUCAAUUGAAUAUAAAUUCAAAUCAUAUAACCAUGGAAGUAUUAUUUUACUUCCAUGAUAUAACCAAUUUCAAGUUCUUUGACUACAUUUAUUCUGUGUCAGAAACCUAUAAUGUGUCAAAUAUUUAAUUACAAUCCAAAUUCAGACCUGUAUCAAGCUUGAAUAUUGUGUCCAUUUUUUGCCCAAUCUGUACAGGGUUGGACCUCUGCAGUCGUAUCCAGCUGCACUUGGCGAAGCACAUUUUUUGCAAAAUAUGGCCUGAAUUUCAACUUCAUCAUAAAAUAUCACAAAGGUUGCAAUUUGGUUCUUAAAUAGAGUCAUUUCAAAAGCUUAAAUGCUAGGUAAAUCAAAUUUCAUCAUAAAAGUAUAGGCUCCAAAGUCAGCACAUAAUGGAGAAGUUGUCAAAAUACAAUGAUUUUGUGCAUUUUUCGGACCUGAAAGCUUUUGGAAAACCUUGGUCACAACCCAUGAUCCAAAAUGUUCUGCAACAAAAGGUGCCAAUGUUUAUAUUGAAUUCUAAAAACAAACAUUUUCUGGAUCAGGUAUGGCAGCCAAAGUUGAUUAUGAUUAAAACUGUCAUAUUAAAAUUACGGGAAAAUGGGACCAAAACUGAUGUUACAACAAAUAUAAUGCAUAAUUAAGGGGUCAUAACUUUAUAUUUUAAAAUGUGAGUUGCCAAAAGAACUUAUUUUGUAUUAAUAGUAACAUCACAACUCUAUCUACAUAACUCUAUCUACGUGAAAUUUGUAGUAUUUUGGCCUGAUUAAAAGAGAAAAAAUAUCUUGGGGUCAGUUUUAUCCCUUCCUGAACCUUCUCCUUUUUACAGUAAAAAUAGUUUUUGCUUAAAUCAAUCUCAGACUUUGAAAAGCAUAUUUGAUUGCUUAGAUUGCAACGAAAAUUAUUUUAAAGGUACACAAUGCUAUUCGAAAUCAAUUAGUAGUGUCAAGUUUUAAGUAAAAACUUUUAUAUUUGUUAAAAAUCACAAAUUUUGAGAAACAUCUUUUUGUUCUAAGAUUUCAAUGAAAAUUUUUAUAUGUAAAAGAUGCUAUUCCAAAUUGAUUUCCUGUGUCAAAAAUUACCCAUCGACCACCAUCUCUGAAAUGGCUGCCCUAAUACAUAAUGAUAUCAUAGUCAGUUCAAGAUUUAUGAAACUUGAAACCCUAUUAAAUGUAUUGGUUUGUUUGUAUCAGAAUUAAUUAUUUGUUUAUGUGCAAGCAUCAUAAGUUUUCCAGUUUUAUUUUAUUUUUACCUUAAUAUCAUGAUAGUAUAUGUAUGUGGUAUCAAUCAUGUCUCUACUUUCUUCAAUAAAAUACUAAGCUAUUUAA